GGCUUAUGCAUACAAUAUCAUGUCAAAAAUUGAAACUGCCAUUAAUCUGCUACUCCAAGAGGCAGAAGAUCUGCGAAUUGGGAGCAGCAUUUCGGAGCUAGACCACCUACCUACUGCCUUGGAGUUUUGCCGAGACUACUUUGCCAAAAACUCGCCAGUCAUCAUCCGCAAUGCGCUAUCCUGGCCGGCCAUUGGCAAAUGGACCCCGGACUACCUGAUCAAGAAGCUGAACGACAAGAUUGUGGAUGUGGCCGUCACACCGAAUGGCUAUGCAGAUGGUCUGGCCACUCAGAAGGGGCGAGAGUAUUUUGUCCUGCCACUGGAGAAGCAAAUGAAGCUGUCGGACCUCGUGCAGCGCCUCGAUGAUCCGAUGGGUGCCAUCCACUAUGUUCAGAAGCAAAACUCAAAUUUCAGCCAAGACUUCCCGGAGCUGGGCAGUGAUUUGGUCAUAAGUGACUUGGACUUUGCCCAACAGUCCUUUAAUAAGCCACCAGACGCCGUUAACUUUUGGCUGGGGGACGAGCGCGCCAUCACCUCCAUGCACAAAGAUCCCUAUGAGAAUAUGUACAGUGUGAUAUCGGGAUAUAAGGACUUCAUUCUCAUACCCCCAUAUCAGCUAAGCUGUGUUCCACGCAGCACUUACCCCACAGGCAUCUACAAGACAUCGGAUUCUGGCCAGUUUUAUAUAGAUCCCCUGACAGACGAAGAUGGUGUGGAACUACUAACGGAGUGGGUCAGCAUAGAUCCGCUGGCCCCCGACCUCGCCAAGUAUCCCGAGUAUGCUAGGGCCAAGCCUUUGAGAGUGCGCGUCCAUGCUGGCGAUGUCCUGUACCUGCCCAACUACUGGUUCCAUCAUGUUCGCCAGAGCCACAAAUGCAUCGCCGUCAACUUCUGGUACGACUUGGACUACGACAGUCGCUACUGCUACUAUCGCAUGCUGGAGGAGCUAACCAGCCAGAAAAGGAGCCAACCCAAAACUACGUAGAAGCAGGGCCCUGGCAUCUU